AUGGACUCGGGACUGGCCCGGUUCGCCGUGCUCAUAGUGUUGUUCUUCCUGUUGACCGGCGACCUGGCCGGCAUGGUCAAGCACAUGUUCGAGGAAUACGGCGGAAAGCAGCAGAACAACCAACAGCCUCACCGCCAUCAGCAGCAGCGGAACCGGCAGCAGUCUCCGGAAAAGUCGGAGGGCGAAGGAAUCGCGCGGUCGCCAAAACCACCAGUUGCUGCGGCGGUCCCCGAAGACAUCGGAGCCGGGGGACCGACGGCAGACGAAGAUCCCGACAUGGAGGCGUUCGCCAAAUCGUAUUCGGCCCGAAUGAAACUGGUCAACACCAUCAAGGAAUCGUGUUUGCCGAAACUCAUUUGCGAGCUGACUGCGUCCACGAACCGCGACUCGCUCACCGAAUCCGAGAGAUACCUGUUGUCGCUCAUUAGAGAAACGACCAUUUCCACUACUGCCGAAGUGACGUCCAAAUAUCAUUUCGCCGCGCACAUGGGCCAACUCAUCAACGGCAUCGACAACACGGGAUGUCACAACUUCUAUCCCGGAUGUCCGUUUCCCGGGCUGCAGGUGAUGCAAAUGAUGAAGAAAGUGAAGAUCUUGUAA